AUGGCUUAUCAUGAAUUGAUCCAAGAACUAUUAUUGAAGGACUCAAAAGCAAUCUGCAUUCUGAUGACAAUUUUAAAGUAUGCAGAAGAUAAGAAAUACACAAAGAAUUUUUAAUGGUUUGAUAGAGUAAAUGAUGAAAGAAUUAGCUUCACUGGAUUGCAAGAACUAUUCACCUCUAUUGGUUAUGUUUUUGACGAAUAAGAAUUAAGCGAAUUGUAUAAAGAGUUAGAGGAAUUGAAGUUCAAGGUAUCAGAUCAUUUGCCUUGUUCAUUUUUGUGA